AACUGAGGCCACGCCUCCUCUACUAGAAAUUACUCAGAGGCCACACCUCCUCUGCUAUAACUGAUACAGAGGCCAUGCCUCCUAUUCUAUAAUUGAUAGAGGCCACGCCUCCUAUGCUAGAACUGACACCCAGAGGCCACACCUCCUUCCCUAAAACUGUAUGAUUUGUUUAAUUGAGAAUCUUCUCCAUAUUUGAAGUUAUUGAUUCUAUAAAAAUAUUUUAAUCAAUUGCUAUAAAUGACCCAAAAAUCUAAACACGGGCUUCUGCGUCAUUUUAACGCCAUCUCAAAAUAUCCUUCGUGAUGGUAAACGGAUAGUUUUUAGUUGACCAUCAAGGCUAUUUCCAAAACUACAUUCAUGCUCUCCAGGCUGUUCUGCAUGUUUGUGUCUACAGACUGUCUUUACAGCUGUUUACUAGAGGUUUACAGGCUGCUUGUGGAGUACGUGACCGCAAGCUAUGAGCUGGCAUGAGUGUGUGUGUGUGUGUGUGAGAAAGAAUCUUGGAGAAAACAAGCUGAAGUUUCAGUUCCUGUCAAUCAGGAGGGUCAAAAAGCCACUCAGCUUCCAAUUCAGUCACUCGAGCUGUGAGGUGAUGGCACCAAAAAUAGUGUGAGAGAGGAUAUAAAGAGCUGGAACUAACUGACCAGACACCACAGAGCGAGAAGUCUGGAAGCUCCACAUAAUCACAAGACGAGACUAAGAUCAGAAGCCUGGUCUGAGCGAGAUUCUGAGGAAAGAACUUAACUCAAGAAGAUGAUGAAGUAUUACCAGUGCCCAGUGACCCAGAAUGUGACCUAUGAAGGGUGCAAACCCGGGAAUCUGGUGACCUGCCUUCCUGCCCGCAAGUCUGUGAAACCGGUCCGCAGCGUCCACUUCCCCAACGACGUGGUCUUCCAGGAUUACGUCCGUCACGGAGAGCUGGAGAGGAUCGGACGCUUUAUCCGGGCCAGGAGAGUCACUCUGGACACUAUGUAUCCUUCAGGCAUGGCAGCCAUCCACGAGGCCGUGCUCUCGGGGAACCUGGAGUGCGUGAAGCUGCUGGUGAAAUACGGCGCAGACAUCAUGCAGAGAGACGAGGACGGCUGGACGCCUCUCCACAUGGCCUGCAGCGACGGAUUCCCACACAUCGCCGAGUUCCUGCUCUCUCUCGGUGCCGACCCCGAGGCCGAGAAUGAAUGCGGAGAAAAACCCGCUGACCUCAUCGACCCCGACUGCAAAGAGCUGAUGGAGAUGUUCGGCGUCGGAGGAGACUGAGCCUGCGGCACGUCUGGAGCACUGAAUCGGCUCGAUUUUCUCCUCCAUCUGAUGGUGAUGGAGUAAGACCCAGAGCAGUAAUGCUGCUACAUGUAGCUCCUCUGGAGAAUAAGGCCUUAAUGACAUAGGUGCAGGUCUGAGUGUGGAGGAGAACAGCAGAAGAUCUUAAAGUGGAACGGAGAUGUGGGAUCACGAAUGCCGAGAGACGCAUUUAGAUCACUGGAGGACGAGAGACGAAGCAACUCUGUGUGUUUUAAUAUCAGUGUGUUUUAUCUCCUAUGUUUGUAGACUUUAAAUAGCUCAGUGCAAAAGUUUGCAUCCCCACAGGACUUAAAGGGGGCCAAAGCAAAAGAUUGUGUUCUGUUUGAAACAAUUUUGCUUUCUGUUUGGGUUUUUUUUUUUUUUUUUUGUCUUGCUGUGUGAUUUUAUAUAAAUGUUUUUUUUUUAAGAUAAAUCUUAGUACAUUUUUCCAUACUCUGUGAUCUGUAUUAUCAAAUUAUACACUGUAUAAUUAUAAACUGUUUUUAUUCCUAAUUUGCACGACCUAA